UCUAUAGAACUUAAAUCAAAAGUUUUUUUUGCUGCUUACAGCGCAGCAGUUGAAAUUACUUAGUAUUGAUUAAACUUUUGCUAGCAUUAUGUCGUUCUACGCGCCUUUCAUUAAGCCUUAUAUAGAGUACAACGAGUUUGGCUGGGGGCCGUGUGAGGUGCCCAAGCUGGAGGUGCCCUAUCAGCCGUUUUGCAAAAGCGAUCGCCUGGGCAAGAUCAGCGACUGGAUGGUGCCGGUGCAUGACAAGAAAUAUGGCAACAAGUAUGUCUCCAGCUUUGGCAACAACAGUCACUACGCCUAUUUCCAUGACGACGAUGAUGCAACUUUCCAUUUGGUGGAUGGCGGCAAUCCGCGUGUGUUUAAGCCAUAUCAACGCAAUCGCUAUCGCCCCAAUUUGCGCAACAAUACGCGUGUCUAUGGGCGCACUGGGCGUGGCGGUGGCAAUCAGGCUGGCGCUGCUGCUGGCACUUCGGGCGGCGGCGGCGGUGGCGGCGGCAAUGCAAAUGCCAAAUACGGCAAGGGGCGUGAUCAGCGUCGCAGCUACGGCGGGCGGCGUUUCAUGCGCAGCGCACCCGUGCGCUUGCGUGAGAGUUCGGUGCUGGUGCGCUCCGACUGGGUGUCUGUGGAGGAAAUUGACUUUCCGCGUCUGCUCAAGCUCACGCUGCCCAAUGUCAAGGAGGGCGUCGAGGUGGUCUGCUGUGGCGCCUUGGAGUACUAUGACAAGCAGUGCGAUCGCAUCAAUGUGAAGAACGAGCGGCCACUGCAGAAAAUCGAUCGCAUUAUCAAUGUGCCCAGCACUAUAGACGAUCCGGUUAUACGUCGCUUGUCCCGUAGCAUGGGCAAUGUGUUUGCCACCGACGACAUAAUUGCCACGCUCAUGUGCUGCACACGCUCCAACUACUCGUGGGACAUAGUUAUUGAGAAGCUGGGCACCAAAAUAUUUCUCGAUAAGCGCGACAAUGCGCAGUUUGAUUUGCUGACUGUGAAUGAAACUGCACAGGAUCCGCCGCAGGAUGAGGAUGGCACCAUUAACUCGCCGCAGAGUUUAUCGCUUGAGGCUACGCUUAUAAAUCACAACUUUAGCCAGCAGGUGCUGCGGCUGGGCGAGCUGGAGUCGAAGCACUGCUUUGAGGAGCCCAAUCCCUUUGAAGAGCCGGGCGUGGAGCUCGCCUCUGUAGCCUAUCGCUACAAGCAAUGGCAGCUGGGCGACGACAUUGUGUUGAUAGCGCGUUGCAAGCUCAAUGGCGUGAUGAAGUCGCCCGCUGGCGAGCUGCAGUACUUGUCCAUACGCGCGCUCAACGAGUGGGACUCAAAGGCAGCCAAUAGCGUCGAGUGGCGCCAGAAGCUGGACAGUCAACGUGGCGCAGUGCUGGCCUCCGAGCUGCGCAACAACUCAUGCAAGCUGGCCAAGUGGACGGUCGAGGCGGUGCUAGCAGGCGCCGAUCAGCUAAAGCUGGGCUAUGUCUCGCGUGUGAAUCGCAAGGAUCACUUGCGUCAUGUUAUCUUGGGCAUGCAGCAGUUUAAGCCGCAGGAGUUUGCCAGGCAAAUCAAUCUGAACAUGGAUAAUGCUUGGGGCGUGCUGCGCUGCUUGAUUGAUAUUAUUAUGAAGCAGCCUGAUGGCAAGUACUUGAUUAUGAAGGAUCCCAACAAGCCUAUGAUACGUCUGUAUGACAUACCCGAGUCGGCAUUCGAGUCGGAUGCCAAUGAUGAGCAGGACACCAGCGAUGACAGACCGUUUGGCAAGUAGCUGCAGCCAUACGAAUUUUCAUUUGUUAAUUUAAAUGUUAAAUGUUCACUUUGUUGCUUAAUCUUGCAAUGUUUAUUUGGCUUUUAGCACUAGCGCAAACUUGUUUAGCUUUUAAUUAAUUGAUUUAUGUGGAAAACAAAUAAUAGCCAUGCUCAGAAGUGUGCAGAUAAAUCAGCUGGUGACAUAACAAACUGCGCUUGACUGAAGC